AUAACUACGUGACGUAGCUUAGUGGACGUGGAGUCGCUUCCUAGAGUUACCUGCACCUGCCAGCAUAGCUAACAUCAACUUUCGUUUUCCCCGUGGGCUGUCUUACCUCAGCUCAACAACUCGGUUCCUUACAGACUGCUCCCCUCCGAUGAGAAGGAAGGAUAGUGACAAACAAGUUCUCUUUUGGAUACCAGAAAGAUGAGCUGCCAGGGUGAUCAAACCGCUGCGUUGAGGGUUUUGGUGACCGGAGGGUCCGGCUUGGUGGGCCGAGCCAUACAACAUGUGGUCAAAGAGGAGGAAGGCGGGGGCAAGGAGGGGGAAGAGUGGAUUUUUCUGUCCUCCAAAGAUGCCAAUCUAAUGAGCAUGGAGGAGACAAGGGCAGUGUUUGAGAAAUUCCGGCCAACCCACGUCAUUCACCUGGCUGCUAUGGUUGGGGGGCUUUUCAAGAACAUAAAAUACAACCUGGACUUUUGGAGAAACAAUAUCUACAUCAAUGACAACGUGCUGCAGGCUGCCCAUGAAUUUUCCGUGGUCAAAGUUGUUUCCUGCCUGUCCACCUGCAUCUUUCCUGAUAAGACCAAAUACCCCAUUGAUGAGACAAUGAUCCAUAAUGGUCCACCUCAUGAGUCAAACUUCGGUUAUGCCUAUGCAAAGCGAAUGAUUGACGUCCAUAACAGGGCAUAUUUCAAGCAGCAUGGGUGUUGCUAUACAGCGGUAAUUCCCACUAAUGUGUUUGGUCCCCAUGACAACUUCAGCAUUGAAGAUGGUCAUGUGCUGCCAGGCCUCAUACACAAAGCGUACAUUGCUCAAAAGGAGGGUAAGCCCCUGGUGGUCUGGGGAUCCGGCACUCCCAGAAGGCAGUUCAUCUACUCUCUGGACCUGGCUCGUCUCUUUCUGUGGGUCUUGAGAGAGUAUCCAGAGGUCGAUCCAAUCAUUCUUUCUGUUGGAGAGGAGGAUGAAGUGUCCAUCAAAGAAGCAGCAGAAGCAGUUGUGCAAGCACUGGACUUUAAAGGAGAGGUGGUGUUUGAUACCAGUAAAUCUGACGGCCAGUUCAAAAAGACAGCCAGCAAUGAAAAGUUGCGCCGCUACAAGCCGGACUUCACCUUCACACCCUUCAAACAAGCUUUGAAGGAAACCUGCGAUUGGUUUGUGGCCAACUAUGAAUUGUCCCGGAAGUGAAAAUUCUUGCCAAGGAGUCUGUACCGUCAGUAGUUGGAUUUUCCCGCUUUGUUGGAAUAGAAGCUGAGUAGAGAAGACGGCGAUGAAGAGGUCCACGAAAGCCAAGGAGGACAGAUGUUCUGGAUAGAUGGUUUUAAGAAUUGUUGAGUUACUGAUUUGGACAGACCCUCAGUUAAAGUCUGUUACUGGUUUUUUUAGAGUAUAUGGAGAAAUCCUGCGUCUACUGGUGUAUUUCUCUUUGUGCGGUUAUUCAUUGGAGUUGUUAAAGUGGUGCAACUUUGAAAUCUGGUUUGGGCAAAAUGUUAUAUUUACCAUAAAUCAUCUUCAGCAUUUGAAUUGCUUAUUUAGCUUGAAGUCACUGUUUAAUCAAGGCGUUAGUGAUGAGAUACAAUUCAAUCAGUAUUUAGUGUAAUUGAGUUUUUCCACACGUUUAGGAUAACUCAUUUUCAUAACAUGCACUUUUCCUAGAUUUUACAUUUUAAACUUUUGUGGGGGAGAGAUUUAGAUAACAUGAGACUCCUCUGCUGCUGCUCAGUGCAUGUUUUUUGAUUAACUAAAGGGAAGCAGAAUUUUAGUUCAGAAAAAGCACUUUGCAACAGGAACACACUAGAAGGUUUUGCAGGGUACUGUUUAAGUAGAGGCUUGGUUAUUUUCAGUCAGCAUAUUGGCACAAUACAUGUUUUAUUACUGUGUCUGGCCUAAAUCAUUAAGCGGUCUUUCAUAAUGAGGAUACUUUAAGGUGUCCCUCUUUUACAAGAAAAUAAACAGCAAUUGAAUCCA